AUACCUACCAGUCUUCCAUUGUUGAAAUAUUUUAUUCGUUACAUUAUUCGAGUCAUUUAUUCUUUGGUCUCUCUUGGAUCUCCUCUGAAGUCUGAAGAGAGAUGGCAGCUUGGUAUAAAAAAUCCAUGGCUCUGUCCCUUCUCUUCGCCAUUACCUUUGGCCUCUGUUUCUUCUUCACAUCUGCAGAGCUUCAAAGAUUUGAACACCCCACAAAGAUUGAUGGAUCGCUUAGCUUUUUGGUCCUUGGGGACUGGGGACGAAGAGGGGCUUUCAACCAAUCAGAAGUUGCUCAUCAGAUGGGAAGGAUUGGAGGGAAGCUAGACAUAGAUUUUGUAGUUUCCACAGGAGAUAAUUUCUAUGAUAAUGGGUUGACUAGUGAAGAGGACACAGCAUUUGAGGAGUCAUUUAGCAGAAUCUACACAGCCAAUAGCCUACAGAAGCAGUGGUACAGCGUUUUGGGAAACCAUGAUUAUAGAGGCAAUGCAGAGGCACAAUUGAGCCCUGUCCUUAGGCAAAUUGAUAGUAGAUGGCUUUGCCUCAGAUCUUUUAUUGUGAAUUCUGAAUUAGCUGAGAUUUUAUUUGUGGACACCACUCCUUUUGUCAAAGCAUACUUUACUGAUGCGGAGGGCCAUACAUAUGACUGGAGGGGCAUCCACUCUCGCAAGGCUUACACUGCCAACCUAUUGAAGGAUGUAGAAUCAGCAUUGAAGAAAUCAACUGCAAAGUGGAAGAUUGUUGUUGGUCACCAUGCCAUCAGAAGUGUUGGACAUCAUGGGGAUACAGAGGAACUUAAAAGGCGGCUGCUUCCAAUCCUUCAGGCCAACAAUGUUGAUUUUUACAUGAAUGGCCAUGACCAUUGCCUUGAGCAUAUCGGCGACACGGACAGCUCUAUACAAUUUCUAACUAGUGGAGCUGGGUCCAAGGCAUGGAGGGGAGACAUUAAAGGACAUAACAAAGAAGGUCUAAACUUCUUCUAUGAUGGACAGGGUUUCAUGUCUGUCCAGUUGACCCAGUUGGAUGCAGAGAUUGUAUUCUAUGAUGUUUUUGGCAACAUUUUGCACAGAUGGAGUACCAAGAAGCAUUUUCACUCAUCUACAUGAAGUUUCGAACCAAGUGCAUGGCAAACCUACCUUGUUCUAAAUUUGUGUAUGCCUUGGUGAUUAAUCAAUAACUUCAUACAUGUACUCCCAUGUACUUCAAAAUGUAUAGUGUGAAAUGUUGCUGCCUUUGACACACAGGCCAUUGGAGUACAUGUCUGAAAAAUGAAACUUCCAAACAUGCUUUCAGGGCAUAAUUAUGAAGAAAAGCUUUUGACAAA